CUCCCUCAACCUUCUAACCAACACACACACACACACACUUUCUUUCUCUACUCCUCUCAGGCUCUGGAGUUGCAGAAGACAUGGAUAAGCUUGUUAACAAGUCCAUCUCCUUAGUACUUCUCACAAUAAUGUUUCUAUCAUCUACCAAGUUCUUAUUCUUCUACUUAUCUAUCCCUUUCCCUUCAACCUUGAUCUCAAUUACUCUCCCUCUCCUCCUCUUCAUCAUCUCCUUCAUCACCUCAAACAAGAAAGGCAACCUUCCCCCCGGCCCAAUCUCCUUCCCAAUCUUCGGCCACUGGCUUCAGGUUGGCGAUGACCUCAACCACAGGUUCCUUGCCUCCUUGUGCCAGAAGUUUGGCCGCAUUUUCUUACUCAAACUGGGCGCCAGGAACUUGGUUGUGGUCUCCGAUCAAGAGCUUGCCAGCGAAGUCUUACACACACAGGGCGUCGAAUUCGGAUCCCGGCCACGGAACGUCGUCUUCGACAUAUUCACCGGCAAUGGGCAAGACAUGGUGUUCACAAUCUACGGCGACCACUGGCGGAAGAUGCGCCGGAUAAUGACGCUCCCCUUCUUCACUAACAAAGUCGUCCAUCAAUACAGUGAUAUGUGGGAGGACGAGAUGAACUUGGUUGUGAAGGAUCUGUACAACAACCAGAAGGUUAGAGAAGAAGGAAUCGUGAUCAGGAGGCGUCUGCAGUUGAUGCUCUACAACAUUAUGUACAGGAUGAUGUUCGACACCAAGUUUACAUCACAGGAGGACCCCUUGUUCAUCCAGGCCACCAAGUUUAACUCCGAGAGAAGCCGACUGGCCCAGAGCUUUGACUACAACUAUGGAGAUUUCAUUCCUUUCCUCAGGCCCUUCUUGAGAAGAUACCUGAACAAGUGUAGGGAGUUGCAGUCGAAGAGGUUGGCAUUUUUCAACAACUAUUUCGUGGAGAAGAGAAGGGAAAUAAUGGCUGCCAAUGGAGACAAGCAUAAGAUAAGCUGUGCAAUUGAUUACAUAAUAGAUGCUCAGGUGAAGGGAGAAAUAAGCGAAGAUAAUGUGCUUUACAUCGUGGAGAACAUCAAUGUCGCUGCCAUAGAGACAACCCUGUGGUCAAUGGAGUGGGCCAUUGCUGAGCUGGUUAACCAUCCAACCGUCCAGCACAAGAUCCGAGAAGAAAUUGCCACCGUCCUUAAGGGAGCUCCAGUCACAGAAUCUAACCUAAGCCAACUACCUUACCUACAAGCCACAGUGAAGGAGACGCUGAGGUUGCACACCCCAAUUCCCUUGCUAGUACCGCACAUGAACCUGGAAGAGGCCAAGCUGGGUGGUUACACCAUCCCCAAGGAAACAAAGGUGGUCGUGAAUGCUUGGUGGCUCGCCAACAACCCGGCAUGGUGGAAGAACCCAGAAGAAUUCCGGCCGGAGAGGUUCCUGGAGGAGGAAGGAGGCAUUGAUGCAGUGGCCACCGGCAAGGUGGAUUUCAGAUACUUGCCCUUCGGCGUUGGCCGGCGUAGCUGCCCCGGCAUCAUACUUGCAUUGCCAAUCCUUGGGCUGGUGAUUGCGAAAUUGGUUACCAACUUUGAGCUCAAGACUCCAAAGGGGGUGAAGGCCAUCGACGUGAGUGAGAAAGGAGGACAGUUCAGUCUGCACAUUGCCAACCACUCGACAAUCGCUUUCCAGCCAGUCGAGGCCUGAUAUCUGCUCCCAAGUUAGACGGAAAGGUUAUAGACAAUGAAAUUAUUCACCUUGGUUUGUUGGUGCAUUCGAUUGCUUCAAAAUAAUGUAUCUUUCUUUCUUUCUUUUUCUUUUUAAUUUUCUAAACAUUGUAAUGUACUUGAUCAACGAGGGAUCUUGCUUAUUGUCGGCACAAAAAGAAUCUUGUUUGUCCAUUAGUUUUAGGAAACUGUUAUGGCCUACCCAAAGAGUACUAUCAUAAAUUCAUCUAGAAUUUGAACACCCAACUCACUAACCCGAUUAUGGUCGAGCCAAAUCUGGUUCGAUAUUACUAGUUGGGGUCGAGUUGAGUCACCCAUUUGUAUGCCCGGUCCAUUGCCAUCUAUAUUAUGUCAACUGUUAUUCUUGCUUACUA